AUGGACCUGGACAAUGACGGCUCCAGCAACAGCAGCAGCAGCAGCAGGAAGCACAUUACUCUGGGUUACACCAAACUAAGAUAUCUUUACCAUGAAAGAUUUGGACACCAGAACAAGCAACAUGUGAAAUCUGUAGUUAGCAGUGAACUGAAUGUCAAGGUCCAAAUGGACAGAGAAAUGUGUGAAGAAUGUAUUUAUGGCAAGGCUCAUCAUAUACCAUUUGGCACCAGGAAGAGGAGAGUGGAGCUGGAUGAUUCUACAAAGGUUAGGACAACAUAUUUCAUCAAUGAAAAAUCUGGAGUUGCAGAAAAGUCAAGUCAGUUCAUGACUGAAGAAAAAACUACUGGAUAUACCAUCAAGGAACUUUUGAGUAACAAUGGAAAAGAAUUUGACAACAAACAAGUAAAGGAAAUUCUUAGAAAAGAAGGCAUAAUUCACUGUAUCAUAAUACCUUACAUUCCAGAACAGAAUGGAUGCAGUGAAAGAGGGAGCCUUACAGUCAUGGAAACGAACAUCAACGACGGAAACGUCUACCACGGGAACAUCGACGACGGGAACAUCGACGACGGUGACAUCGACGACGGGAACGUCGACGACGGGUACAUCGACGACGGGAACAUCGACGACGGGAACAUCGACAACAGGAGCGUCGACGACGGGAACAUCGACGACGGGAACAUCGACAACGGGAACGUCGACGACGGAAACGUCGACGACGGGAACAUCGACGACGGGAACAUCGACGACGGAAACGUCUACGACGGGAACGUCGACCACAGGAACAUCGACGACGGGAACAUCGACGACGGCAACAUCGACGACGGCAACAUCGACGACGGGAACAUCGACGACGGGAACAUCGACGACGGGAACAUCGACGACGGUAACGUCGACGACGGAAACGUCGACGACGGGAACAUCGACGACGGGAACAUCGACGACGGAAACGUCUACGACGGGAACGUCGACCACAGGAACAUCGACGACGGGAACAUCGACGACGGCAACAUCGACAACGGGAACGUCGACGACGGGAACGUCGACGACGGGAACGUCGACGACGGUAACGUCGACCACAGGAACAUCGACGACGGGAACAUCGACGACGGCAGCAUCGACGACGGGAACGUCGACGACGGGAACAUCGACGACGGCAACAUCGACGACGGGAACGUCAACGACGGGAACAUCGACGACGGCAACAUCGACGACGGGAACGUCGACGACGGGAACAUCGACGACGGCAACAUCGACGACGGGAACGUCGACGACGGAAACGACAAAAUCAUCAACAACAGAAUCAUCAACCACGCAGUCUACACAGGCACCAAUAAAGAAAGGUAA